UUGGACUUCAACGCUGCGAUUUAUUUAUCCUCUCUCUCUCGUCAACGUUGCAAACAACACCAAUUUUCUCGACUUCUCAAGAAAUCUAUGGGCCGAUCCUGCCAUGAAAUAAAAAUUCUCGCAUGUUGAAGUGUCAGAUCCUCAUAUAUUCGAAGGAAAAUUAAGUCUCCAUGAGACUACCCACCAGAUUUGGGGAGCAUCAUGCUAGUUUCACCAGGUUUAAAAAUGCAGGAAGGAAGGUGGUCUUGACACGGACUUUCAUGAAAAAUCGCCUACGAAGGAAAAUCGAAGCCAGUAGAAGGACAUGUCAUUUGGUGAACGAGUACAUGAAAUACAGCACGGUCCAUGGCGUUCGGUACAUAUCCCACAAUAAGGCAACCGUUUUUGAGCGGGGAUUUUGGCUACUAAUGUUGAUGCUGUGUUUCGCGGCUGCAUGUCUAAUAGCAGAAAUCUUAUUUCAACGAUAUAGAGCUAUUCCAUCCGUGCUCGCAGUCAAAGACACUCAUUUUCCUCUAUACCUGUUCCCCUUUCCCACCAUCACUAUUUGCCCGGCCAACAAAGUUAUUAAGUCUCGCGCUUUGGAAUAUUUAUUGAGGUUCGUGAAUGGUUCCACAAUCGAUGAAGAGUUGGAGGAGAGUAUGAGUAACAUCAUGAGUGCGCUAGCACUAAUGCAACAGCCGCUUUACUACCGCAUGAAUCCGUACAUCAAUGCCAGUCAACACAUGUUCCCGCUUUUCGAAACGAUGAACAUCACGGAUUUUAUGAUGACGGUGUUGCCCACUUGUCGUGAGCUUUUUGGACGAUGCGUAUGGAGCGGACAGCGAAUUGAUUGCUGCGAAAUAUUUUCCAUCCAACGAACGGAAGAGGGAUUUUGCUACUCUUUCAAUUCGUUGACCUCUGAGGACGGACGGCAUUGCCCCUUAUCAGAAGUGUUGGAGAACGAGGGGGUCGUAGAGGAGGACGACAUCAUGUACCCUGGCUGUCAAUUGCGGAGAAAUACUGCAGUGGGGAUUCUCACAGGCCUGGAGGUGUUUCUCAACAAAAUUCCCGACGAGGAGAGUUUGGGGAAGGGCCAAAGGGACCCGCAUGGAGUUCGAGUGAUGGUGCACACGUCGUACGAGUACCCGCGGGCGGGGAGCGGGGUGUGGCUCCAGGCGGUGCCGUCCAUGCGGCUCAGCAUCAUGGUCCAGCCGUCGAUCAUCGUGACCAGCGACGCCGUCAAGCGGCUCAGCGUCGCCACCCGCCAGUGCGUCUUCCCGGACGAACGCCAGCUCCGCUUCUACCACGUCUACACCGAGAAGUCCUGCCUCAUCCAGUGCCGCAUCGACCAUGUCAUAAACAAGUGCAACUGCACCCUCUACUUUUUUGUGUUUCCAGAUGAAGAAGUUCCCGAGUGUGGUCUGAUGGAUUUAGCGUGCGUUGUCAAACACACAAGACAUUUAAAAUUUCUGACUCCUCCAAGGAAUGUACCUGGGUUUGACUUCACUUUCCUGAACGAAUCGCUGGACUGCUCCCACUGUCAGACGACUUGCUACGAAACGGAGCAUGACCUGGAGGUCACGUUUGUGCCCGACUCCUUGCCCACGGCGGCCAUGUUUUAUGGAUACCUCGACGUUGCUUAUGGCAAUUUAGGAGCUACAAAAUAUCAAAGAGAUAUCACAUUCACCUGGAUUGAUCUACUCGUUGCUUUGGGAGGCGUGGCAAAUCUCUUCCUUGGUUUUAGUCUCAUAAGUGUUUGCGAGUUUCUGUACUGGAUAUUCAAAAUUCUAAAACCAUUUAUUACAAAAUGAAAUAUUGAAUGCCUCGAAA